AUGGAGCAAGCGCGCGGGGAUUCUUUGGAUCUCGAGCAGCUGAGCAACGAGUUGGAGCAGGAGAGGCAAAUGCGGGACAUGCUUGACUUUUCCGCUACUGAUUUGCGAAACACAGUAUCUCAACUGGAAAAGCGAUUAGACAGUAUUGAAGAUGAAGGAAAUGAAUGGAAAACUCGAUAUGAAACACAACAGGAGCUGAACUUACAGCUAGAGAGACAAAUUAGAAUGUUGGAAGAAAAAAAGGAGUAUAUUCGUGGCAAUCCGACAGACAGAUUGUCUUCGGUACGUUCAUAUGAGGAGAUGCCAGUGGGUCUACUGAAACAACUGGUAAAGCAACUGGAGAAAGAAAAGAAAAGUCUUGAAAACCAGCUGAAAAAUUAUGAGUGGAGAAUAGAACAAGAAGCAAAGGCCUAUCACAAAGCCAAUGAUGAACGUCGUACAUAUCUAACAGAAAUCGCACAAUUGUAUGGAUCCACACUGUAUAAGCCAAUAGUCACGGCAAAAAUUGUAGCCAUCAACCUCUUAGUCACUUUGCAAAUGGUCCUAACUUACGAAGUCUCUCUGAACUAUUUAUUGACCCACAGCUGA